AGCUCAUUUUCGUAGUUGGCCAUAGUGACAAUUGACAAAUGUGAUUUGUGCUUACAGAGACCAAAAAUUUUUAUUGUAGUUCGUUGCUUAUAAAAUUGAAAUCAUUUUAGUUUAACAGUCAUAAAAAUGGAUACCCGAAAGUUGAUAGAUCUUUUAAGGGCCACUAUAGACCCUAACCAGCGAAAACAAGCAGAAGAACAAUUAGCACAGAUUCACAAAAUUAUUGGCUUUGCCCCCUCACUUCUACAAGUAGUAAUGAUGAAUGACUGUGAAAUGCCAGUUAGACAAGCUGGAGCCAUUUACUUAAAAAACCUUAUAUCACAAAAUUGGCAAGAUCGAGAAGCUGAACCAGGUCAACCAAUGCCAUUUUCUUUACACGAACAAGAUAGGUCGUUAAUUAGAGAAACAAUUGUUGAUGCAGUUGUCCAUGCACCAGAUUUAAUAAGAACUCAAUUGUGUACUUGUGUUAAUAAUAUGGUUAAACAUGACUUUCCUGGAAGAUGGACACAAAUAGUGGACAAAAUAAGCAUAUACCUUUCUAAUCCUGAAGCAAGUGGAUGGUAUGGAGCACUUUUAUGUCUAUAUCAGUUAGUUAAAAAUUUUGAAUAUAAAAAAGUGGAAGACAGGGGGCCUUUACAUGAGGCUAUGAACCUUUUAUUGCCCCAGUUAUAUCAACUGGUUGCCCAACUGUUACCUGAUCCGUCAGAGCAAUCUGUACUGCUACAGAAAACAGCUCUAAAAGUUUAUUUUGCCCUUACUCAAUACACCCUGCCUUUAGAUCUCAUAACUAAGGAAGUAUUCACUCAGUGGAUGGAGGUCUGCCGGCAGGUUGUUGACCGUCCAGUACCUCCGGCAGCUCUACAACCCGACGAGGACGAGAGGUCCGAUUUACCCUGGUGGAAGUGUAAAAAAUGGGCUAUGCAUAUAUUAUAUCGUAUGUUUGAAAGAUAUGGUUCUCCUGGCAAUGUUACCAAAGAGUACAACGAGUUUGCCGAGUGGUACCUGCAGACGUUUAGCAGCGGAAUUCUAGAGGUUCUUCUCAAACAAUUGGACUUGUACAGGAAUAAAACUUGGCUACCACCUCGGGUGAUACAGCAGACUCUCAAUUAUUUGAACCAGGCUGUUUCGCAUGCUCACACAUGGAAGCUGCUCAAACCCCAUAUGCCGGCCAUCAUACAGGAUAUUAUAUUCCCCAUAAUGAGUUAUUCGUCUGAAGACGAAGAAUUAUGGACCGUCGAUCCUCAUGAAUAUAUUCGGGUCAAAUUUGAUGUGUUUGAAGAUUACAUUUCUCCGGUAUCAGCUGCUCAGAAUCUUCUUCGUAGCUCUUGUAAGAAGCGAAAACAGAUGCUCCAGAAGACGAUGCAGCUUCUUGACCAAGUAUUAAAUAAUCCAGCAACAGAACCACCACAGAAAGACGGAGCUCUACACAUGAUAGGCGGCCUGGCAGACGUGUUGCUCAAGAAAAAGGCCUACAGCAGUCAAAUCGAUCAGUUGUUCAUUAAAUAUGUGUUUCCCGAAUUUGGAAGUCCUAGAGGACACAUGCGAGCUCGUGCCUGCUGGAUGGUCCACUUUUUCAGCGAGUUUCACUUCAACCAAGAACAGGUACUCGCAGAAGCAGUCCGAUUAACAACUGGAGCUCUCUUACAGGAUAAGGACUUGCCUGUCAAAGUAGAAGCUGCCAUCGCGAUACAAUCGCUGUUGAGCGAUCAGGAACAUUCUCAUAAGUACAUCGAACCUCAGGUGAAGGAGAUCGCGUUGGAGUUGCUCACACUGAUCCGAGAGACGGAAAACGAAGACGUGACAGGUGUAAUGCAGAAACUCGUAUGCGUCUUUACCGUCCAAUUAACGCCUAUCGCAGUGGAGAUGUGUCAGCAUUUGGCGGGCACUUUCAGCCAAGUCUUGGACACGGACGAAGGUUCUGAUGAGAAAGCCAUCACCGCCAUGGGCUUGCUGAACACGAUUGAAACAUUAUUGACCGUUAUGGAAGAGAAACCGGAGGUACAACAGCUCCUGGAACCGACCAUUCUACAAGUAGUUGCGCACGUUUUACAGAACGAACUUCAGGAGUUCUACGAGGAAGUGUUUGCACUUGUAUCCGAACUUACGUCGAAAAGAGUCUCCGAUGACAUGUGGAAAGUAUUUGAACUUCUUUACCAGGUGUUCAUGAAGAAUGGUUUGGACCAUUUCACCGAUAUGAUGCCCGCCCUCCAUAAUUACGUUACGGUAUGCACAGAUGCGUUUCUUGCAGAUGAAAAGAGACUCCUAGCCAUCUAUAAUAUGUGCAAGGAAGUGAUGAGUAAAGAUUGUGGCGAAGAUCCAGAGUCGCACGCUGCCAAACUUCUGGAGGUGGUGAUUCUACAAUGUCAUGGACGCAUAGACCAAGCGAUACCAAUGAUAGUUGAGCUGGCGGCUACUCGUCUUUUGAGACAAGUGCGCACCAGCGAAUUACGAACCAUGUGUCUCCAAGUUCUCAUCGCAGCCCUAUACUACAAUCCCCAUCUUCUUUUCUCCAUAUUGGAUAAGAGACCUGAUUUCGCCGAGCAUUUUAUCAAACAGUGGCUGCACGACAUUGACUGUUUUUUGGGGGUACACGACAGAAAAAUGUGCCUACUAGGACUAUGUACNUGCAUUCGCAGUUCGCCGCUUAAAAUUUCUGAUUUUCUCUUUUUGAAGCAAUUCAAAAAGUUCUUCACAACUCUCUAUUCUUUUAACUUGUACACCAGCAACUAUAACACCAAAUUUGCCAUCUUCACGCAAGUUUAA